CGCCGGGCCGCCCGUGACGCGCUACGUCCGCGCCGCCGCGCCGCCCAUGACGUCACGACGCCCGCACCGCCUUCUCCGCGGCCGCUCGCGCUCCUCUGGAAUCCGGGCUGUGUGUAGCUGUGGCUGUUCCUGGCUUCUCUCACAUCAUGGCCUUAGGAGUAAGGUGCCUCCGCCUGCUGCACCCUGCCCUCUGCACUUACCGUGCUACUUUGACCAGACCUGUCUCAGAAAUUUCCAUGAAGCCCGUUGGUGGACGACGACAUGACCACAGGCAAUACUUAGCCUACCCAGUCGUGCCAGUUCGCCAGUUUGCAACCAAGAAAGCCAAAGCUAAAGGGAAAGGACAGCCCCAGGCCAGAGUGAACAUUAACACAGCCUUGGUUGAGGAUAUAAUCAGCUUGGAAGAGGUGGGUGAAGAAAUGAGAUCUGUGAUGGACGCCCUCAAGGAUAAUUUCAAUAAGACUCUCAACAUAAGGACUGCACCAGGAUCCCUUGAUCAUAUUACUGUGGUAACUGCUGAUGGGAAGCUUGCUCUAAAUCACAUUGGCCAGAUCUCCAUGAAGUCACCACAGUUGAUUUUGGUGAAUAUGGCCAGUUUCCCAGAGUGUACAGCUGCAGCUAUCAAGGCUAUAAGAGAAAGUGGAAUGAAUCUGAACCCAGAAGUGGAAGGGACACUAAUUCGGGUACCUAUUCCUAAAGUAACCAGGGAACACAGAGAAAUGCUGGUAAAACUGGCCAAACAGAACACCAACAAGGCCAAAGAAAAUUUACGGAAGGUUCGAACCAAUGCAAUGAAUAAGCUGAAGAAAUCAAAGGACAAAACCUCAGAGGACACCAUCAGGCUCAUAGAGAAACAGUUAAUACCUCCAUCUUGCUGGUCCCCCAGAAGAGUCCCGGUGACAUCUCACCGUGCCUACCUCAGCUCUCCUGCCCUCGCUGUAGGACGCUGGCCGCGUACACUCUACUACCUACUGUGUCCUUCGGCUGUGAGGUAGGGCUGGCAGUGCCCACAAGCGUGGGCCGAGUGCUGAGCAUGUGCUGGCCAGGCCUAGAGCCCAUUUCAGAAUCUCAAAAGCCAAAGACUGUGUCUCUGCUCCCACGUGUCCCCUGGAGGGGGCAUUGAAUCUAGCCUGUUGACACUCAUCAGCUGUAGACUAAGGAUUGCCCAUCUCCAGUGCCUGCCUCGCAAUCAGGAAAGUCAGGUAGCUUUGAGCCCCUUAGCCUGUUGUCUGUUAGAGACCUGGCAUGUGGUUUACUCAGAAGAGUGCUUGCACAGCCCAUGUGAGGCUCUGGGUUGCACUCCCAGCACUAAUAAGACUGGAUACAGUGUCUCGCAUCUGUAAUUCCCAGUCUUGAGGGGGUGGAGGGAGAAGACCAGAGGUCUUCUCAGUGUCUACACAGUGUAGACAGAUGUUUCUGUCACACCUGGUCCUGCAGCCCUGUUUAGUCCCAAAUAAAUACAUAGAGGCUUA